GAUCACUCGGCCCUCUUGCGAUCUCUCCCCGGCGCAUUUUCUGCAUUGAUACCCUCAAGUCUUUUGAUUUCUUUUUUUUAAUUCGCUGCAUCAAUCCAUCAAUUCAUCAUGGGCGACAAGAAGCGCAAGCUCGCAGAGGAGGCCACCAUCCCCGAGGUGAAGAAAGCCAAGCGCGACGACAAGAAGGAGAAGAAGGAGAAGCGCAAGGCGAAGGAGGUCGUCGAGGAGGUGCCGGUGGAGGAGAAGGGUGAGAAGAAGGAAAAGAAGGAGAAGAAAGAAAAGAAGGACAAGGAGGAGAAGAAGGAGAAAAAGGACAAGGAAGAGAAGAAGGAAAAGAAGGACAAGAAGGAGAAAAAGGAAAAGAAAGACAAGAAGGAAAAGUCCAAAUCAACAGACGACUCCGAGGAGAAGCCCGAGACCGAGCCCGAGGCCAUGGAGGUGGACGAGACCCCCGCCGAAAAGGAGAACCAGAAGCCCGAGCCCGAGGCCGAGGUAGCCAAGGAGGAGAGAAAGGACAAGAAGGACAAGAAGUCGAAGAAGGAGAAGAAGUCCAAGAAGGAGCAGAAGACCGAGACUCAACCGACUGAUACCCCCGCCGCGGAAGAGCCCGUCCAGGAAGAAGCUCAACAAUCCAAGAAGAAUGCCCGGUUUAUCUGCUUCGUUGGCAACCUUCCCUACUCCGCCGACCGCGAAUCCCUGACCAAGCACUUCGAGAAGAUCGCCCCCGUCUCGGUCCGGGUGGCCACGCAAAUAGACAAGCCCACCAAGUGCCGUGGGUUCGGGUUCAUCGAGUUCGACAACUACGAUCGCAUGAAGACCUGCCUGAAGCUCUACCACCACUCCAUGUUCGACGACAAGAAGUACCCUCCUCGGAGAAUCAACGUGGAAUUGACGGCCGGCGGCGGUGGCAAGUCCGAGCACCGGACAGCCAAGAUCGAAGCGAAGAACAAGAAGCUCUUCGAGGAGAGACAGCGCAAUGCCAAGGAGAUCCAGAAGGAGAAGGCGAGACACGAACAGACCGAGGAGACCGGCCAGGAUGACUUUGCCGGCGUGCACCCCAGUCGCCGGAAUCGGAUGGCCUAGAUUGGCCGUGGGUUAUAAAAGUAUAUGUGCUUUGUGCUUCAGAGAUACCUUUCCGUUCUCUUGUUCUGAUGUGUAUACUUGGAUGAGUCAGGAAUAUAGAUCCGGAUGAUGCAGCGCGUGCCUCACCGUCCCCGUGUAGAAACCCUACUCCGCCUUGAAGCCCACCG